AGACCGUUAUGUUAUUUGGGAUAAGCAACAAUAACACAGUUGAGAAAUAGCUACGAAGUUCUGCGGUUGGCCCUUUCAGACUUCAGUUUCAGGUUAUAUAUAUAUAUUCACACACAAUGGCAAGUACCACGAUCAAGCCUCAUGCAGUGUUGUUGCAAAGUUCAGAAUUAUACAAGUACAUACUGGAGACAAGUGUGUAUCCAAGAGAAGCAACUCCUCUCAAAGAGCUAAGGGAUGCUACUGCAAGCCAUCCCAUGUUCUUCUAUGCUACAGCACCAGAUGCUGGUCAGUUAGUGGCCUUGCUAUUGAAAAUGGCUAAUGCAAAAAACACAAUUGAAGUUGGAGUGUUUACUGGAUACUCUCUUCUUCUUACUGCCCUUACAAUUCCUGAUGAUGGCAAGAUUACAGCCAUAGAUGUCGAUCGAAAAGCAUAUGAGAUGGGGUUGCCUAUAAUACAGAAGGCUGGUGUUGAACACAAAAUCAACUUCAUUGAGGCUCCUGCCCUACCAAUUCUUGAUCAACUCUUGCAAAAUGAAGAAAAUGAAGGGAGCUUUGACUUUGCAUUUGUGGAUGCAGAUAAGGGAAACUAUUACAAUUAUCAUGAAAGGUUAAUGAAACUGAUAAAAGUUGGUGGGAUUGUUGUUUAUGACAAUACUCUUUGGGGAGGAACUGUUGCUUUGCCUGAAGAAGCUGUUCCUCAGGUCAAAAGAGAGACAAGAAAAUCUACUUUGGAGUUUAAUGACAAAGUCGCAUCUGAUCCUCGCGUUGAAAUUUCUCUUGCUCCUUUGGGCGAUGGCAUUACCAUUUGCAGGCGUAUUUGCUGAAUUAGUUAACAAGGGGAUUAGUCGAGCCAAUGAGCUUCGAAUGCCAGUAGUUUUCACCAAAAAUAAAUAAUGAGGUUAAAGAUGAAAAUCUUGAAUUUAGUAAGUUCAGGAGAUGCGUAUGCUUAUAAUUAUAUGUUGUGUUCUAUGAUUUUAUAAUUAUAUAUGUACUCAAUUUUCUUUGUUUGGAGUGUACUUUAUAUAUCUUGUUCGUGAAUUUAUGUAAUAAAUGGAUUAUAAAGCAAUAUUAAUUGUUCUUCAGAAUUUAAA